CCGCUGAUUGGCCAGCCGGCGGUCACGUGCCUGAGCGCAGUCAGUCGCUGUGCCCAGCAGCUUCAGCAGCGGCGGCUCUGUCUGGAUCCUACACACCGACACUUGCAGGAGGCCCCCUUUUCUUCUCAUUUUCGAGGAUUAUCCUUCACCAUGGGCGACAAGAAAAGCCCUACCAGGCCAAAAAGACAAGCCAAACAGACAGUGGACGACGGGUACUGGGACUGCAGCGUGUGCACGUUCAGGAACACCGCCGAGGCGUUCAAGUGCAGCAUCUGCGAUGUGAGGAAGGGCACAUCCACAAGGAAACCCAGGAUAAACUCCCAGCUGGUGGCCCAGCAGGUGGCUCAGCAGUACACGAUGCCCCCCCCAGCCAAGAAGGACCGCAGAGAGAGGAGCGAACGGCCAGACAAGGAGCGGCUGGACGGGGAAGGAGAGCAGGCCUGUGGCGAAGGACGCCCGGGUUUGGAGCGCCCCGAGAGCGUCAAACCAGAGGGAGACACCCCCGAGAAGGACAAAGGUGACAAGGAGCCCCCCCUCAAAGACAAACCCGACAGAGAGAAAGACAUCAGUCCGGCGCUCCCCAAGAAGCCCAGCAGUAAAAAGAUCAGACCCAAAUCAGACAGCCAUCAGAGCCCCCCCAGCGACAAACAGAGCAUACAGUCUGGGAAAUCAGCAACCAAGACCAACAAGAACUCUCACAUUUCCAGGCCCAAGCUGAAGAACAUCGACCGGAGUACGGCGCAACAGCUGGCCAUCACCGUCGGCAACGUGACGGUGAUCAUAACGGACUUUAAGGAGAAGACGCGCUCCUCGUCCACGUCCUCGUCCACCAUCACGUCCAGCGCCGGCUCGGAGCAGCAGCACCAGAGCUCGGGCUCGGAGAGCGUGGACAAGGGCUCGUCGCGCGCCUCCACCCCCAAAGGGGACCUGUCUGUGGGACACGACGAGUCCUUCUAGAGGGGCCGCUCUCGCUGACCAGCCCCCCUCCCCCCAGCCCCUCAAGUUUAUGGACAAAGUGGAUCCCACAGGAGAGGAGAAGGAGGGGGGGGGCGGUCCCCAUCGCUGCCCUCCAUUCCCAACAACCAUUCCACCCCACCCCACCCCCCACCUCCACCCCCACCAGGUGCUGAGAGGACCAGUUCACCUUUCAGGAAUCCAACGCCCUUCACUGAGGAGUUUUGGCCCCGCCCCCGCCCCCCCCCAGCAGUAGCAUCCAGACUCUAGUACGUAUUGUUUUCUAUUUGUUUGUGGACGUGAGGCGACUUUUGUUGGUUUGUUUUUUUGUAAACCGUUCUGCUUUGGGCACAGAAAAAA